ACCCUCAUACACACAAACAGUGAACCAACAGGCGAGUUUGCAAGCAGGCGUGAAAGAGGAAUGCUUGUGCGUGUCUGGGCAGCCUGUAAAGAAGACAGAAAGUGAAAACGUUAGGAAUUACUCUUCAAGCUUUACUAAAACAGAACCAGAGAGAAAAACACUUUCAAAUUUAUUCAUCCAAACAGAUUUAAUAUUGAGAACUUUAACAUUGAGAGUUGUGUCCUGGUGAAGAUAUUCAACAGUACCGACCUGCUCAAGAAAUCACUAUGGAUUAUGAUACGGGUAACUAUGAAGACUAUCCCUGGCCUUUCCCACCAAACAAUUCCACUGAGUUUAUAAUUCCUGGAUUUGCUGUAAAGCUGGAGACUGAAGAGGGUGUUGGUGUUUCAGACACUUCCAUGAGUGUUCUGAACAGCAGUCUCACCACAGUCUUCAUUCCACUGAUCUACAUCAUCAUCUUCAUUGUGGGGUUACCCACCAACGCCAUGGCCGUCUGGGUGUUUCUCAUCAGAAUGAAGAAGAAACAUCCAGCGUCCAUCUUACUGGCCAACCUCGCACUGGCUGACCUGCUCUUCAUCAUCUGGCUCCCGAUGAAGAUCCACUACCACUUCAACAACAACAACUGGAUCUUUGGGGAACCACUGUGUAAAGUUCUAGUGGGCUUUUUCUAUGGGAACAUGUACUGCUCCACUAUCUUCAUAGCGUGCAUCAGCGUUCAGCGCUACUGGGCAGUCGCACGUCCACUCUCUCACAAGCUGACCAAUCGUGUAGCAGUGUGUGUAUCUGUGUGUGUGUGGAUUGUGGUCUGGCUCCUCACCACCCCGCUCUACCAGUAUGACCAGACUGUUAAAGUCACCAACCUCAACAUCACCACCUGCCAUGACGUCACACGCUCCAGUCAGUUAAGUUUCCCUAUUGGAUUUUUCCUGACCAUGGGCAUUGUGGGAUAUGUAGUUCCCAGUGUGGUGUGUAUAGUAGCAUAUCUGCUGACGUUUCGCUCCCUCAGGGGGUCUGUUACAGAUUCUGACAGUGAAAAGAAGAAGAAGAAGGCUAUUAUCUUCAUGGCCAUUGUACUGGUGAUGUUCCUGCUGUGUUUCACUCCCAGUAACAUCAUGCUGAUGGUUCACUACUCUCUCCUGGAUGCAGAUAUUCAGAAUGAAGCCUACAGCUUCUACAUCGUUGCACUGUGUCUGGGCAGUCUGAACAGCUGUCUGGACCCGUUUGUGUAUUAUUUUAUCUCAGAUGAGUUCAGAGAGCAUGUGAAGAACAUGCUGAAGUGUCGUAGUGAACGAUCUGCUGAGAGGAUGAAGGUUCCCUCAAGUCCUGUAAAAUCCUCUUCAGAAUGCUCAACACUCUUAAGUUCUACAUAAAACAGAAACAGAGAUAGGUCAGCAGAGGGAAAGUUCUCUGAACACACCGCAACUGAUGCAUCUUUAUAAUGUUUAAAUUAUUAUAUUAUAUUAUUGUCUUCUGAAUAAGUCAAAACAACAGAUAUAACCUAAAGCAUAUUACCAGAGUGGGUCAUUUGUUAAAAAUAGUUACAGUAUCCAACAAAAGCAAAUGAGUACAUCUCACAGUAAACAUGUCCAGAUUUUGCCUUAACCCUCUUGGGCAUGGAAUUUGCUAUAGUAAACAAUGAGAUGGUAGAUAUUAGACACUGUUGUACUCUCCUCUAUGGCUCUAACACUUCAUCUUCAAUUUGAGGAUGCCCCACAGGUGCUCAAUUUGGUUUAGGUCUAAAGACAUACUUGGGCAGUUUAUCACCUUUACCUUCAGCUUCCUCAGCAAGGCAGUUGUCAUCUUGAAGGUGUCUUUGGUUUUGUUAUAGUGCUGGAAAACUGCUGUGCGGCACCGAUUCUUAAGGGAGGUGAUUAUGCUCUGCUUCCGAAUGUCAGAGUGCAUGUUGGAAUUCAGCCCCACUGCCAACAGCACUCCUGCAGCCCCCCACCAUGAUGCUACCGCCACCAUGCUUGACUGUAGGCAAGGGAUUGCUGUCUUGGUAAUCCUAACCAGGGUGCUGCCACUCAUGCUUGACACCAUCUGUGUCUGAGCCAAACAAGUUCCUCUUGGUCUCGUCAGACCAUAGAUGAUGGUUCCAGUAAUCAAUGCUGUUGGACUGCAUGGUCUAAAGCAAACUGUUUGAGGGCUUUCUUGUGCAUCAGUUUCAGAAGAGGCUGCCUUCUAGGACCACAGCCAUGCUGACUAUACUGCUAUAUAAGCUUUACACUGACUACUUCAGAUUAUAUCCAAGUUUCAUGUCUAUUGUGUUGUCUCAAGAAAAGAUGUGGGUCAUGU